UUCUCUCUCUCUGUUUUAUGACAAACAGGUUUCUUGGUGCUUCAUCACAAUCAAGCCAGGUGUUUUUCAACUAUCUGACAUAAGCUCUUCAAUGCAAUUUCAAAGGAUUAGUUCACAACUUGACUGGAAGUAUUUUAUAGGUUAGAAGAAGUUUGGUGAAUCAUAAGUUAAAAUUUGGAAGGAUGAGAGAAACAGAGCAGAUUCCAUGAAAUUCUUUAGCUAUGGAAACACUAAACAUGGAGAAGAAAUGGGUACUCCCGCUUGUUAUAAGCUCCCUUAUCUGUGUCUUCAUCAUUGCUACUUCCUUCAAUAUGGGUCUUGUGUCUUCAAUGCAAACAAUCAAUUCGCUUUUCUCAAUCUUCCCAUCACAAGUCUCUGUAAAGCAGACGGACCCUGCUUUUGUUGAAUCAAAGGUUUUGCUUUCAGUACCACCACCCCCCAAGGUCCGUAUUCCUCGAUUUGCAUAUUUGGUCUCUGGAUCAAACGGUGAUUUGGAGAAGCUGUGGAGGACUCUUCGUGUGCUUUAUCACCCAUUGAACCAGUACAUUGUUCAUUUGGACCUGGAAUCAUCAGUGGAGGAACGACUGGCUCUUGCUUCUCGUGUAGAAAAUGAUACCAUAUUUGCAAAGGUAGGGAAUGUGCACUUGAUUACCCAAGCUAACAUGGUUACAUACAGAGGACCCACAAUGGUUUCGAAUACCCUUCACGCAUGUGCCAUCCUUCUCAAGAAAAGCAAAGAAUGGGAUUGGUUCAUAAACCUCAGUGCUUCAGAUUAUCCGCUCAUGACACAGGAUGAUAUUCUUUUUGCAUUUUCAUCAUUGGACAGAAAUCUGAAUUUCAUAGAGCACACCAGCCGACUAGGAUGGAAGGAGGGUCAAAGGGCAAAGCCAUUGAUUAUAGAUCCUGGGAUCUCUAUGUCAACUAAGUCAGAUAUUUUCUUUACGACUGAGCAGAGGCAAUUGCCUACAGCUUUUAAAUUAUUUACUGGUUCAGCUUGGAUGGUUCUGUCACGGGCAUUUGUGGAGUACUGCAUAUGGGGUUGGGAUAACCUACCAAGAACUCUGCUUAUGUACUACACCAACUUUGUGUCUUCUCCUGAAGGUUACUUCCACACAGUCAUCUGCAAUGUCCCGGAGUAUGCACAGACCGUUGUUAACCAUGACUUGCAUUACAUCUCAUGGGACAUGCCUCCAAAACAACACCCACACACCCUCACUGUUAAUGAUACAACAAAGAUGAUACAUAGCAAUGCUCCCUUUGCUAGAAAAUUCAAACAAGAUGAUCAUGUUUUGGAUAAGAUUGACACCGAACUCCUUCACCGGAAGUCUGGGAGCUUUGUCCAGGGUGGUUGGUGCUCUGGUAACCCCCCUUGUUCUGAGGUGGGGGACCCGAGCCGCCUUAAACCAGGACUAGGAGCACGGAGGCUUGCAAAACUCAUGGCUAGGAUAGUUUUGUCUCCAAAGUUUAGAAAAAACCAGUGUAAUUAGAGUGACUGAAAGCAUUCUUGCUCGAGGCUGGGAGGUUUUCGAUUCAGCAAAUACCAGUUAACCAUUGGAAAGAUUAGUCAAUGGAAUGGUACCAGUAAGGGCUCUUUGUCACUUGGUAUGCAAUUGUAUAGAGUUGGACCUAUGACAACUUCAUGAUGCCCACUGGCAUUGGAGCUUGAAAUUGUCAUCAUAAGUAUGGUAAUUCCAUUUUAAUUAGGAUCAAAGAUGGAGACCUGCUUAUAUCAGCAACAGUAUGUAACUGGCACCUGGGCUCUGUUUAUUGGAGCAAGGCUGAGAAAUGCAGGUAGCCACUCUUUAAUUAAGGUCGGCUGUGCUAUCCACCCUUGGUCACUCCUUAGGGUUUCUUUCGA